AUGGCGAAACAUCCUCUCAAACAAAAUAAACCUCCAAAAGUUGGAGGAGGAAAGCUGAAGUCUGCAUUGAUGAGGUAUCACACAGCAACGAACAAAAAACAUAGCUUACCUUUCAAAGAAGGGGCAGAAACGAAAACGAAGAAUUUAAUAAAGCAUAGUAAGAAUAACAUUGGAAAUAGCAACGCAACCGCUUACAAAUAUUUGAGCAAGCCCUUCAUACCAUUUGGCCAAUCUGACAAUUUAUUACUGGUGGGGGAGGGAGACUUUUCAUUUACCCAAAGCAUAGUCAAUGCAGGCUAUGUGAAACCUUCCUGUACUUGGGCCACAAGUCUGGAUUCAGAGGAUGAUGUUUACAGAAAAUAUCCACAUGCAAGAGAAGUCAUUGAAUCGAUAAGAUCUAGUGGCGUUCAUGUUGUAUUCAACAUAGAUGCGACACAAUUAGUAAAUUCUUUUAAACUCAGCUCGAAUGUUAGAAAGCAAGCCAAACGGAAUGUCACGAUACUUGGAACUGAUCAUAUUGAUCUCAUCAUGUUCAAUUUUCCUCACACAGGUAAAGGCAUUAAGGAUAUUGCAAGAAAUGUAAUCUACCAUCAAAAGUUGAUUUAUUCCUUUUUCAAAAGUUGUUCUGAGUUUUUCAGCCUUCUCGAUGCAUCACGAAUAGCCACUCUAAAAAUCUCCGACGAGAAUUCUGGGAGAGCGUUGAGAGAACCUGGAGAUGGUACACCCCGACUUUUACAGUCAGAGAUAUCCAAGAAAAGAAUCGCUUUGGCGUUAUUUGAGGGUGAGCCCUAUGACUCUUGGCAAGUCAAGCGUUUAGCAAAAGAAUCAAUCAACUAUAAAGUUGAAAGAUCAGGGCGGUUUGCAUGGGAAGCCUUUGGUGGCUAUCAUCAUAGAAGAACAAAUAGUAUGAAGGGUACAACAAAAAAUGCCCAUGAGAGAAACGCUCGUUUGUAUGUUUUCGAAAAAGCUGCAAAUUCUAACACCCAAGAUGUCAGGGGACCAGAAAAGGUUGGUAGUGAUAGUGAAUGA